CACAGCCCAGCCGCGCCCAGCCCCAGCCCGGCCGUGCCGAGCCGUGCUGCGCUGCGGGCGGCGGUCCACCGGCCGGCGGUACGGUACAACGCGGCGCCCGGCUCGCAGGGCAAGGUGCGGCGGUGGGAGGGGGCGGCGGUCGGCGCGCAGCGGAGCGCCGUGGGGGAGCCCAACGAUGGUGCAGCAGGCGGAAAGCGCGGAGAGCGAGAGCAACCUGCCCCGGGAGGCGAUGGACACCGAGGAGGGCGAGUUCAUGGCUUGCAGCCCGGUGGCUCUGGACGAGAGCGAUCCGGACUGGUGCAAAACGGCGUCGGGGCACAUCAAGCGACCGAUGAACGCUUUCAUGGUGUGGUCUAAGAUCGAGAGGAGAAAAAUCAUGGAGCAGUCGCCGGACAUGCACAACGCGGAGAUCUCCAAGCGCUUGGGCAAGCGGUGGAAAAUGCUGAAGGACAGCGAAAAGAUCCCUUUCAUCCGGGAGGCGGAGAGGCUGCGGCUCAAGCACAUGGCUGAUUACCCCGACUACAAGUACCGGCCCAGGAAAAAGCCCAAAAUGGACCCCUCGGCCAAGCCCAACGCCGGCCAGAGCCCCGAGAAGAACGCUCCCGGCGGCGGCAGCAAGAGCGCCAAGAGCUCGGGCAAGAAGUGUAGCAAGCUGAAGGCCGCCGCCGCCUCGCCCCCCAAGCCCGGCGCCAAAGCCGCACCGCACGGGGACUACGCGGGGGACGAGUACGUCUUCGGCGCGUUGAAAGUCAGCAGCAAGGCGGUCAAGUGCGUCUUCGUGGACGAGGAGGAGGAGGACGAGGAGGACGAGGACGAGCUGCAACUGCGGAUCAAGCAGGAGGCGGACGACGAGGAGGAGGACGAGGAGCCGGGCCCGCAGCAGUUACGGCGGUACAACGUGGCCAAAGUGCCGGCUAGCCCCACCUUGAGCUCCUCGGCGGAGUCCACCGAGGGGGCGAGCCUCUACGAGGAGGUGCGAGGCGCGGCGGGCGGCGGCAGACUCUACUACAGCUUCAAGAACAUCACCAAGCAGGGCCCGCCGCCGCCGCAGCCGCCCGCCGGCCUCUCGCCCGCCUCGUCCCGCUCCAUCUCCACCUCGUCGGCCGGCAGCGAGGAGGCGGACGACCUCCUGUUCGACCUCAGCCUCAACUUUUCGCAGCACGGCCACGCCGCCGCCGAGCUGGGGGCGGGGGCCGCCGCCGGCAACCUCUCCCUCUCGCUGGUGGACAAGGAUCUGGACUCGUUCAGCGAGGGCAGCCUUGGUUCCCACUUCGAGUUCCCCGACUACUGCACCCCGGAGCUGAGCGAGAUGAUCGCGGGCGACUGGCUGGAGGCCAAUUUCUCCGACCUGGUGUUCACGUACUGAGCGGGCGGAGGCGGCGACGGGAGCGGCGGACGCCGGCGGUGGUGAUGGUGGUGAUGAUGAUGAUGCUUAAAAAAAAAAAAAAAAAGUCUUCUUUAAAAAAAAAAAAAAAAAAAUCCUGAUGUUAGUUCCGAGCCCGGGAGUUGUGAUUUUUUUUUUUUUAAAUUUAUUUUAUUAUUUUUUUUUUUUGUUACAUUUGGUGAUCACAACAACAACAGCAAAGGCAAAUGGGACUGGGGGAAAAAAUGCUACAGAAGGCGCUGUUCGAAGCUUGGCGGUCUCUGAUGGAAGGCUGGAAGAUGGUCUGCGAAGAAGUCUUUUGGCAGCACAACUGUUACUCAAGGGGGUUUGUGGAUUUUUUUUUUUUUUUUUCCCGUGAGAGAUCUUAAAAAACUGUUCUGAUUAUUUUUUUUUUAAUUAUUUUUUAUUUUCUCUGAAAGGGACCAUUGCAACUCUUUUUUUUGGAGGGAGAAAACUGAUGUCUUCUAUGCAUCCGAUUCUUAACAAAGCUGCAGGGAGCUUGAAAAAAUGCAGACUGUACAAACGCUUACAAAUAACUGAACUGACUUAAGAUCAGAGUUUACUUUUCAGAUCAAAUUGUUUAUGGUUUUACAAAUGUGAUUUCUACUUGCCAACCUUUUUUUUUGUAACUUGUUCCCUUAUACCUCCUUGAUUGAAUACCAGACAGCCUAGACCUCAGUACAAAAAGGUAUUGAAACAUUUUUGAUACAUAACAGACCUCAGUCUUUUUUAAAAAUUAAUAUAUUUUCAGGCGUAUUUUUGUACAGUGAAAAGGGAACAUUCUUGCUGUGUUUUUUCAGUAAGACUUUUCAGGCACUUCUUCCCUUUUAUUUUCUUUUUUUUCCUCUGUUUUUAGCAUGCAAGUUUGUUGGUACGUUACGUCCUGGUUUUAAAAGGAUUAAAAUUAAAAAAAAAAAAAAUAAUCCUUGCAUCUAAAGGCCUUGUGGUUUAAAAAAAAAAAAAAAAAAAAAAAGAAAAAAAGAAAAAAAAAAGAAAAAAGAAAAGAAACAAACACUUUUUUUUUGUACAGCUAUAGUUCAGAUUUGUUCAAUAUUUGUAGGUAAAGAUUUAUUGAAAAUGGUGAUAUAGACCUCAGAGCUGUUAUCUUAGUUUAAAAGAUUGUAUAUGUACUGUACUAUAGUAGGACUUUAUGUAUCUCAUACGCUGUGAUAUGUGGAUGGGGCCCCAGAUGGAAGGUAUGAAACUGGAUUCUCGAUUUUAGCAAAAAAAGAAAAAAGAAAAAAAAGGCACAUAGUUAAAAAAAAAAAAAGUUUCUCAUGUUGUGCAAUAUAAUCUAAAGUACAGACCAUCUGCAUAUUUUGUAGCAAAUGAUGACAAAAGCAGACUUGUGCACUGUCAACAUCAUAGCCUGUUUUUUUUUUGGUUUUUUUUUUUUUUUUUUUUUUUUUUUAAUGCUGAAAGUCUGUAUCUUGACAAUUUUAAUAAAUCAGCUGGAACUGAUAGAAACUCGUAUCGCUAUUAGUGUCUGUAGAAUAACGCUGGAGAUGCCGUGAUGUCACCCCUCGCCUCGGAGGAGCGGUAGCUGCAGGCUGUUGUGCAUGACCCUAGCUAGGGGGAAGGAAAGAAGGACUCGGUGCCUUCAACAUUUUUUUCCCCGACCCCUUUCCCUCCGCGCUCCCAUCGGGCAGGGCCGGGAUGUGCCGGUGCGGAGCGGCCGUGGGUUCGCCCCGCUCCGUGCCGGCUCCCCACCGCUGUCCAGGGAGCGGCCCGGCCCUCCCCGCAUCCUAUUGCCGGGGGCACGGCGGGGCCCGCUCCCCACCCCAAGGCGGCUCCCCCUUUCCGUGUUGUUUUUUUUUUUUCCCCUUCUCCCCGUUUUGCUGAGCCGUGCCGCGGGGAUGCUUCGUGCCCGCAUCUCUGUCUUCGGGCAGAGCUCAGCCCGUGGAGCCCCUCCGGAGGGGCGUGGGAAAUAAAGGGGGUACGAGCUUCUGCUGUAGGCGAGCAGACUUCGGCAGUGUGCGCUUCUGGAGAUCUUUUUUUAAUUUUAUUUUUUUUUUCCUAAGGAGCCAUCAGAUUUCAAUUGCCCUUUCUGAUGGCAGCAAACAGAUUCACGAGGUGGAAGUUUGUUUCUUGAGUAGUUUACUUUUUAUCUGAUAGGCAUUGCUAUUUUUUUUUUUUUUUUUUCUCCACUUAUUACUGAUCCAGCUGUUUACAGGGACAAUUCACUGUGCUGGUAUUUUGGUGGCAACCACUGCUACAGGCUUUCAGACUUGCUGAAAUGAAAAUCCUGCAUACACAUUUGUAAGGCAUAAUAAAACAUAACAUUGAAACCUGCAUGCAUGUUAUGUUUAAUCAAGGACAACUCUUAGGCAUUUAAGUGGUGAGAUAUCUUACUUUAGGUUAGUUAAAUGAACUGGUAGUAAAAUGAUUAAUAUAAUCUGAUCUUUCUAAUAAUAAUAAUAAAACACUCAUGAUUCUAAAUAAAAGUUGUUUGGCCUAAAUCUUUGCUAUCAGAAAAAAAAAAAAAAGAUAUAGCAUAUCUGGGAACUCAAAUUUAUGUCUUGCAUUGUGAUAAUUCUUUAUGAGAAACUGUGUUUUAAAACAAACAAAAUUACAAUAUUCAAGAUAUCCUUGGCAAUGGAUAGUCCUCAAUAAAACAGAGUUUCUUGAAUUUUCAGUUUUUGGUCUCAACUGAUUAGUGUGUUCUCCAUGUAAUUAACUUAGAAAUCAGAUUGAAAACAAAUGACAUUUAUCUCUUCUAAGGCAAAAGAGUGAAAGAAAAUAGAUGCGCUGAAGUGCUGUAACCUAGCCAUUCACUACCCUGCUAUUAAAGACCCCUUCUCGGGCUAGGGCGAUGGAGUAAGUUGAUCAGGUUCUAAGUCUUAAUACUGAGCCAAAAUUCUCUUAGUAAUUCUUCUAGCUAUCAUGAGAACAUGGGGACUUAAUCUUCUGGCCCCUUUCUUCUGAUAUGCAUCCUUGUUUGUUAAAGUAAUAAUAGGCAGUGUCAUUAAGCAUUUGUGCUUUACAGAUGUUCAAUGAGUUAUGAAUGAUUAUGGUCAAAUAUGGGCUGGAUUUGGUUUGCAUUGUAAUAAUGUCUGUGUCUCAGCCUGCAGGAGUUUUGACUUGCAUAUAUUUUUGGAAGAUGUUUUUUUAAAACUACCAUUUAAGAUAUUAGUCAAUGAUAACUAAUGUAAAGGGUCCAAGUGUAGAGCAGUCAGGCAUAUUUUAAAAGAGCAACGGGUCUACUUUAGUCAAAAAGUGUAACACCCACACAGAAGUAUAUCCUUUCUUCUGGUUGGGAAUGAUACAGUUCUAUAUCACAGGAAUAUUUUGAGUGAAGGUGUAUAGUGCAGGGAGAUACUUUUUGUCUGGACAGUUUGACUUUCAUUUACUGCGGAGUUUAUUGUUGCCUAUUGCUCAAGAACAAUUUGGUGGUGGUGUUUUUAAGCCACCACGCUGUUAGGGCUGAAUUGUGAUGCUGUUGGAUGCCUAAGCUCCUGCUGAUUUCAAUGAGAGUAAGAUACAAUCUUCUAAUCAGGAAAAAUAGCAUCUGCUAUUACUCUCAUAUUUUUGCUUUUGUCAUUUCUAAUAAUAUUCCUAUCUCCAGCUCCUAUUCCAUUUUUAGUGCACGUAGAAAUCUUUGUUGACCUGCUAGAGCAGUCCUGUUGCGGGCUUAAUAUCUCCCGUGGCAUUUUUUGUCCACAUUUUUUUGCAUUUGUCUCCAUACGAUGCUAUUCUAAGUGUACUAAGACUUAGUGGUAAGGAGAGAGAAGUGAGGUGUGGUUUUGGUUUUUUAGUGUGGAAAAACAGUUUGCUUUGUAACAGUAAGGAUGUCAACUCAAUGUAAAACUUAAUCCAAUAUGGUGAUUCUUUUUAAUUUCACUAUAAGCAUUUGUGUUACCAUUUUCCCCCUUUGGUUGUUUUACUCCCUCCCUCUCUCUUUUACAAGAAAUACACUUAUGAAAUACUUUCAAUCCUUGAGGUGCAGUCUUUUAUAAAUGUGGUAGGAAGACUCAUCCCAACCAUCCUUUAGGUGCUACAUGCUCUCUAGUUAUUCACUGUCAUUUAGAUUAAACUUCUCCAAGUCUAUUGAAUGUGAUUUGCAUGCUUGCAGUCUGAUCCUUCACUCAUGCCUGUUUUAGGAAAGUGCAACUCUGGUGUUACAGUGAGGUACAACUGAUGUGGGGUCAAAGUCAGGGCCUUAUAUGCUUUAAGUGUUUUGAUAUUCAACACAGCUCAUUAAGUUACUUUAUACAACUUCACAGUUGCUGCCUAGUAAGGCCUUAAACCUGCACUGUUGGGUUUUUUGGGUUUUUUUGGUGGUUUUUUUUGUUUUU